ACAUUCAUACCAGUAUUAUUCUGUAUCUAUAUCUAUAUCUAUAUUAUAUAUUUCACCCAUUACACAAAUUUAUAAUAAGAGCAAUAAUAAUGGCAAGAGUUCCAAGAGUGAAACUGGGUUCACAAGGUUUAGAAGUAUCAGCUCAGGGUUUGGGUUGUAUGGGUAUGUCCGCUUUUUACGGACCCCCCAAACCCGACGAUGAUAUGAUCCACCUUAUCCAUCACGCCGUUGAUGCCGGCGUUACUUUUCUUGAUACCUCCGAUAUUUACGGCCCAAAAACCAAUGAGAUCCUUCUUGGCAAGGCUUUAAAGGGAGGAAUCCGGGAGAAAGUAGAGUUGGCUACUAAAUUUGGGAUUAAAUAUGAUGGUAAUGUGAGGGAGGUUUGCGGAGAUCCGGCAUAUGUAAGGGCUGCUUGUGAAGCUAGCCUGCAGCGACUUGAAGUCGAUUGUAUUGAUUUGUAUUAUCAGCAUAGGAUUGACACUCGUUUGCCUAUCGAAAUCACGAUGGGAGAAUUAAAGAAGUUGGUGGAAGAAGGAAAAAUUAAAUACGUUGGAUUAUCAGAGGCAUCAGCAUCCACCAUCAGAAGAGCCCAUGCUGUGCACCCAAUAACAGCUAUACAACUAGAAUGGUCCUUGUGGACUAGAGACGUUGAAGAUGAUAUCAUUCCUACUUGCAGAGAACUCGGGAUUGGAAUCGUUGCAUACAGCCCUCUAGGACGAGGAUUCUUCUCAUCUGGUCCAAAAAUGAUGGAGAAGUUGGAAGAGGGUGAUUUCCGUAAGUAUCUUCCAAGGUUCCAACCUGAAAAUCUUGACCACAACAAGAUUUUGUUCGAGAGGGUUAACGAAAUAGCAGCUAAGAAGGGGUGUACACCUUCACAGCUAGCACUGGCUUGGGUUCACCACCAGGGAAAUGAUGUGGUUCCCAUUCCAGGAACCACCAAGAUAGAAAACCUUGAACAGAACAUCGGUGCUUUAUCUGUGAGGCUAACACCAGAAGAGAUGGCUGACCUCGAAUCCAUUGCGUCAGCUGAUUCAGUCAAGGGUUCACGAUAUGGUGCUGGUAUUUCAACUUAUCUGGACUCCGAGACUCCUCCAUUGUCAUCAUGGAAAUCUUAAACAGUUAUGUGUCUGUUGUUUGUUGUGACUGUCAUACAUCAGCUUUGUUUUCCUGUUGUGGAAUUUUAAACUUGAUCAGGAGUGUGGUUUUACGAUGUGAUACAAGCAUUUGAGUUUUUGAGAACAAUAAAUAAAUGCGGUUUCUUGUUUUGGGUGUA